ACACACACACACACACACACAUAUUUAUUCAUACACAGCUUCACUGAGGUAAACCCUCAGAUUCUGAGAGCUUGCCGUGUAGCGUGUGUUUGUGGAAACGGCGCCUCUGAUGAAAAAGAGCCCGAGUUUUCGUUGGUUGAAAAACCAGAGGAAAGCUGUCAUCACAGCCGUCGACAAGAAAGUACCGAAUGGCAUCCUGGAAGAGCAAGAGGAAUAUAUAGAUGUGGAUGAGGAUAAAGAUGAGGAUGAGGAUGAUCUUGGCUGGCCGUCAGAAGAGCAACAGACGGUGGUCUUACUGCCCAGGUCCCCUUCCACAUCCAAAACAUAUCUCCCCAUUCCCGUAGACAACUUGGAAGAAGAGUAUCGGAUACGCUCGGCCGAUGAUGGGAAACUCUUCCGGGAAGAGUACAACUCAUUACCAGGGGGUUCGACUCAAGGAACAUGCGAAGAGGCCAAUAAAGAAGAAAACAAGGAGAAGAACCGAUAUCCAAACAUCUUACCUUAUGACCAUUCCAGAGUGAUUUUAACACAGAUGGAUGGAGUCCCAUGCUCAGAUUAUAUCAACGCAUCAUAUAUCGAUGGUUAUACAGAUAAGAAUAAGUUCAUAGCAGCACAGGGUCCAAAACAAGACACGGUCGCGGACUUCUGGAGAAUGAUAUGGGAACAGAAAUCAUCUACUAUUGUAAUGUUAACUAAUCUCAAAGAGAGAAAAGAGGAUAAGUGUUACCAGUAUUGGCCGGAUCAGGGAUGCUGGACUUACGGUAACGUUCGUGUUGCCGUGGAAGACUUUACAGUUCUGGUGGACUACACCAUACGCAAAUUCUGUGUGCAAUAUGCCAGCGACGGCAGUAAAACCCCUCGUCUGGUCACGCAGCUCCACUUCACCAGCUGGCCGGACUUCGGCGUUCCCUUCUCGCCCAUCGGCAUGCUGAAGUUCCUGAAGAAGGUGAAGCAGGUGAACCCGUCGUUCGUCGGGCCCAUCGUGGUGCACUGCAGCGCCGGCGUGGGCAGGACAGGAACCUUCAUCGUCAUCGAUGGCAUGAUUGACAUGAUGUACGCAGAAAAGAAGGUGGACGUCUUUGGCUUCGUGUCAAGAAUACGAGAGCAGAGAUCGCAGCUCAUUCAGACGGAUUUGCAGUACUCCUUCAUCUACCAGGCUCUGCUGGAGUACUUCCUGUACGGAGACACGGAGCUGGACGUUUCUUCUCUGGAGGGUCACCUGGAUAAACUUCACAACACCAGCGCGCCGCUGGACCGCGUCGGCCUGGAGGAAGAGUUCAAGAAACUGACAAACAUGCGUAUAAUGAAGGAAAACAUGAGGACGGGCAACCUGCCUGCCAACAUGAAGAAGAACAGAGUCCUUCAGAUCAUCCCAUAUGAUUUUAAUCGAGUCAUCCUUUCGAUGAAGAGAGGGCAGGAGUUCACCGACUAUAUCAACGCAUCUUUCAUUGAUGGUUAUAGGCAGAAGGAUUACUUUAUAGCAACUCAGGCACCUUUGGCUCACACUGUGCAGGACUUCUGGCGCAUGGUAUGGGAGUGGAAGUGCCACUCUAUUGUCAUGCUGACUGAGCUGAAAGAGAGAGAACAGGAGAAGUGCGUGCGUUACUGGCCAGCAGAGGGCAGCGUUUCUUUUGGAGAUUAUGCACUGGAGCUGAAGAGAGACACGCUUUGUGAGACUUUCAGCAUUCGAGACAUGCUGCUGUCAUAUGCAUCAGAAAAGCAGACCCGUCUAGUCAGGCAGUUCCACUUCCACGGUUGGCCAGAGAUCGGAAUCCCAUCAGACGGAAAGGGAAUGAUUGACAUUAUUGCUGCAGUGCAGAAACAACAGCAGCAAUCUGGAAACAACCCUAUAGUGGUGCAUUGCAGUGCCGGUGCUGGCCGGACUGGAACCUUCAUUGCCCUCAGCAACAUCUUAGAGCGGGUCAAAGCCGAGGGGUUACUGGACGUAUUCCAGACAGUGAAGAGUUUACGCACUCAGAGACCUCAUAUGGUCCAAACUGUGGAACAAUAUGACUUCUGCUACAGAGUUGUGCAAGAUUUUGUUGACAUCUACUCUGACUAUGCCAAUUUCAAAUGAGUGCAGCUUACCGACACACAUUUAGAUUAUAUUUAAACUGAAGAAUAUUACUGUGGCUUAGUGACACUCCAUGCACUUGACAUUUCCUAUUCUUGUUAUAUGCAGUAAGGUAAUAUUUUGGAUAUGGCCAGACUCCAGUGGAUUAACCACGUCACGUCUUCGCGUUAAGUUUUUGUUACAUUUGUGUAAGUAUUCAGUACGACAGAAGUUUUACUUUUAAUAUGACCAUAAUAUUUAAUUUGUACAUUAACAAGUUUUGUUUACUACAAAAUUAUUUUUGUUUAUGAAUUGUGUUCACGAAAGUGUAAAGCAUUCCAGUAUUUGUUCCUAAUAUUUAUGCUCCAGCUUGCUUCCCAGAAAAAAAAUUUGCAUGGUUAUUUGUGUGAACUAGUGUACUAAAAUGAAUGAAGAUACUUCCAAAUUUGAAUUUUAUUGCGAUUCUUGGGCAGAAUCUAAUUGCAUCGACCCUGAUAAGUCACUUGGACCAUAUACAUGCUCUUCACCUUCACAUCACCUUCAUAACCUGACUGAGAUGUCCAACCACUUAAUGAAACUUUAGUUUCUGUGAUGAUGAUGCCGUUUAUUCUUAUGACUCCAUAAGCCAAUCAAAUACCCAAGAGGCUAAAACUGUGGUAUAGAUACAGACAUGGAUUAAGCGUACAACAUUAUAAGGAAGUAGUAAAAUCCAUAAUGACAUUUGGUUGAGGAAUUGAUAAAUUGCAUUCAGGGUUUAGUGAAACCUGUGAAACAAAGGAACAGUUUCCUUUCAUUAUUCCCUACAAACACAAUGCCCUGUGUUUCUGUCUGCGUGUUUGAACAAGGUCAGAUCAUUUGUGCUCUCACUGGAGUGUUCCUACGAGGGUGAGAAAUUCUGAAGAAAAUGAGGAAAGACGUAUGCCUUAAUCCUGAAUAACACCAUUUUCUGCAAUAAAUGUUUCAGUCAAUA